GCUGUGCUGACAGGCGAGCUGACCGCGGUGUUGCCCUUUUGGCUUUUAGCCUUUAGCUAUUGAACACCCGAGCCCUUAGUUAUAAAAUUCACUAUUUUAGACAAAAAUAAAUGCACUAGACUAAAAGUUAAGGGUGUUGAGUGCGACUGUUUUACUGGCUCCAGCCUCAGCACGAAGUCCUCCAGUCUUGAGUCGCUGCAGGCCAUGGCGCACGAGGUGUCGCUGGUGGAGGACAGCGAGUGGCCGUUGGCGCACGGCGCCGCCGCCCAGGCCGUGCGCGGCCGCGGCCGCAACGAGGGCUUUCGCGCCGCUGUCGACCGCAGCUACGAGGCGCCGCUGACCAACGUGCGGGACCGCGUGGGGACUCUGCCGCUGGCAGCUGACGCCGAAUUUGUCACCUAUCUUGCGGACGAGGGGGCGGUGCCGGGCUUCGGCCGCGACCGAGCCGCCCGCCAGAGCUCAAUGAGCUCAGGUACUGCCGACGCCAAGAAGGCGAAGCGACGCUCCGGCCUGCUGAAGAGACUCGGCAGUAUGUUCAGACCCGACCCGAUCCAACCAAUCCUGACUUGA